CCUCCUCUGUGCCACGUCAGUUCCAUGUGGUGAAGGAACAGAAGAACUGGACAGAAGCUCAGCAGUACUGCAGAGAGGAGUUCACUGACCUCGCCACCAUAGACAACAUGACAGAGAUGGAGAAGGUGAAGAGCAUGAUCCAGGAAGCAGGUGCUGGAAACGCUUGGAUUGGGCUGAAGCAGGGAAGCAGUCCUAAGUGGCAGUGGUCUCUGGCUGGCAGGGAUUUCUACAGAGAGAAUGAAUCAGACUUCAGGAACUGGGAUUCAGGCCAACCAGGUGAAGGAGUUGCUGAAGAGUGUGUGAUUAUGAUAGCAAAUGGACAAUGGCAUGAUGUCGGGUGUAGCUCCAGCUUUCCCUUCAUCUGCUAUGAUGGGGGAAGCUCCACACAUCCCUAUGUGCUGGUCACUGAGUACAAGAACUGGACAGAUGCUCAGAGAUACUGCAGAGAGAAACACACAGACCUGGCCAGUGUGAGGAAUCAGACUGAGAACGACCAGAUAAAGGAUGUUAGAGGAAAUGAAGGUAUAGCCUGGAUCGGCCUGUUCAGAGAUGCCUGGGAGUGGUCAGAUGGCAGCAGCUCCUCAUUCCGCCACUGGAACACUGGACAACCCGAUAAUGGUGGUGUAGCGUGCACUGAAAUUAAAAAUGGUCAGUGGAAUGAUGCAGGCUGUCAUCAUCAAAUUAACUUCACCUGCUAUGAAGGGCACGGGCUAAAGGAGCCUCCACUGCUCACGCGGUGGGUGGGCCUGCUCCACUCCUAUGGCGUGGGCUGGUACUGGGUCUGUGGACAGACCGUCUGCUACAGAAACUGGACCCAAGGGCACGAGCAAGAGGACUCCUUCCAACAAAGAGUCGGGGCAGUGGAGUCUGGAGGGGGGCUGUGGGUCAGCAACCUGACUAAGACCGACAAACUCAACUUCAUCUGCACCACUAAGGUGGCAGCGAUCGGCCCUGACGCCGGUGGUGGGCGGUCCGAAGUCCUGGGGGAACACAGACACAACAGGGCUGGAUGA